AUGAAUUUAGAUCUAAACACCAACGUGAGACAGCAUCAAAUUACGAAUAGUAUCGUCUUAAACUUGAUUGUCAAUAUGGGUUUACCAUUAUCAAUUUUGAACAAUGUCUCUUUUAGAACGUUCAUGAAUGAUAUUGAUCCACGUUAUCGACCUGUCUGUAGACGUGAUGUUACUCGAUCUAUUCUACCAGAUUUAGAAAAACGAUGUGUAUUGAAAUUAAAAGAAAUAUGCGCUAAAGCACCAUACAUUAGUUUAACUCUUGGUUGUUGGCCAGAUCGUCAGACAGAUAAUGCCCGCAAUAAUUUAACUGCUUUUGUUAGUAUUAUUUUACCUGGAUUUGAAGAUUAUUUCGAUGAAUUAGAAAAUGAAGAAACAGAUGCUGAACAAGCCAAUCGUGAUGGAGGAACGGAGGAAGGAGAUAAUGAAGCUGUUCUCGAUCAAAAAGAAUCUUUACGUACAUUAGAAAUCAAUGAUUCAAUAUAUGAAAGUAUUUUGAACCUGUCAAGUGAUGAUGAAUAUUUGAGAAUACCAUGCUUCAGUCAUUGUUUACAAUUAGUAGUUAAUGAUGGAAUCAAAGCUUUGAAUGUUACUGCUACUGCUGCUUUGAAAAAAGUUGCUAUUCUAGCCAAAUUAGCACACACAAAACAAUGGUCUAGUGCAUGUGUCCCCAUCGAACGACCUGUUACAGUGAUGAAAGGUCCUGCUUUUAAAAAGAUUCAAAGUCAUCGAAUCGCUAAACGCAUGGCUGUAGUUAUUUUAGUUAUCAACAUAGGCAGUGUGCUACAUGACGCGAUUGUGUCCGUUUAUCGUCAAUAUAAUUUCUACGAUCAUUCUAAUCACACAAAAGCUUACCAACGCUUUCGCUUACUUUUAGCGAAGCAGAUUAGCGAACAUAAACACUUAUCAACUGCUCCGGUGUUUUUAGCUAUUCUUGGUGAUACCUAG